CAUGUGCCCUUGAUUUGUACCCAUCAUGCACCAUCCAUGCAUACCUGUACAAGUAUCAUGUAUGCAUAUAAGCACCAUCCACUAAUUGCAUACAUGUGUUCGUAGCAAGGUUUUAGGACUCAGCUGAGUCCCGUGCAACCAAGGUUACAAGUAUCAUCCGAAAUGGGUACGUAUCGCUUGAUAUGUGCUGGUAUUGCCCAUUAAUUAUAUGGCUGUAUCGGCCCAAAACAACCCGAUCUAGGUUGCUAUAUCAGUUAUGUACAAUACGAUACCUGAUACAUGGUAAGACCUGAUCCAGUUUUACAUGAUGCAUCACCCUCAACACAGGGCGAGUUGCGACUUGACCUGAGACUGAACAAUUCGGUCUAUUGUAGUGGGUGCCAUUGUAGUGGGUGCUAGAGUCAACAUUUAAAAGGGGACAACCAAAUCCUGUUGGGGGAAUGGAGACCAUUUCAAAGGAAAGAGACCUGCUUGUUUGUUGCAUUUGCCGCCGCAAACACGGUGUCUGCAUAAAGUGUAAUCAUGAUGACUGUCAAACUGCAUUUCAUCCUACUUGUGCUAAAUGUGUUGGCCUGCACAUGGAUGUGAAGACUGGUGGAGGCAAGUUUUUUCAGCACAAGGCUUAUUGUGAAAAGCAUAGCUUGGAUCAGAAAAAGAAGGUUGAGAGUCUGCAACAUGGACCUGAUGAGGUUCGCUGCAUUAAGCAAAUCUGGGUCAAUGAGAAUCCAGUAGGCCUGAGCUACCUGUUGAGGUUGCAGGGCCUGCUACGCACAAUUCGAAUGGAGAAUGUUAGUGGAGGCAAUGAUGACGUUGGCCUGGAAGCAGCAGAAGAUAGACGGGCAGUGUUAUCUCAGGGUCCGCCAAGCACAACGGCACCGGUGAUGACAGGCACUACCUUGACUUUAUAUUAUUUGUGGAACCUAAUGUUGUGUAACAGUUUGAUUGAGUUAAACUUUAAAUAGACUGUUCUUAACUAUUUUGUUGGUAUUGUGGCUUUCAUGA